ACCGCACUCUCUGUAACAGAGAGCAACAUGGGAAGGCUGUGUGUAAUAGGGCGGAAGUUUUGAAUUCAGUUUGGUGAAAAACAAAGGUAGAGGAGAAAUAUUUGCUUGUGCGUUUUAUUACGCUAUACAGAUUUUUUUUGUAGCUGCUUUCCUAGGCAAACCCGGAGAAUAGCAUACUUAGGAUGGAGAAAAUGCCGAAUUUCCCUGAAGAGGAUGAGCUUUCUGAUCUAAACAACCAAGAGCUACAGGACUUUGUGAAGAAGCUGACUGCUGUGGUGAACGAAGCAAAAGAAAACCUGAAGUCUGUCAAGGGUGAAAUACAGAGUCUUGAGUCUGAUAUUCAUAAAAGCACUGCAGAUCGGGAGAAGCUGUUACCCCUGGUUGCUCAGACAAUUGGUCUACGAGAAGCUUUGUGUGAGCUAGAGAAGACGAGGGCACAGCAACAGACAGUCUCGCGCGAGCUGGAGAGGGGCUCCACACAGUGCAGCUCAGAGGAGGCUAGUCAGCAGAGGGUCCUGGUCCUGGAGGAGGAAAUGCAGAGGGAGCUGGCAUUGCUGCAGGAGAGGGAGGCUUCUUUGGCCAAGAACAAGGAGAAUAUUGACCGGCUCACCACGAAGACGAAGAGGGAGCUUACUGAGGCACAGACACAGAGUCGGGCAGUGGAGACGGAGCUGCUGCAGUUGAAAAGGGCCACCUCUGAGACUGGUUCAUGCCAGUCAGUGCAGGAGAAGGAGGAUCAGCUGCUGGAUGAGUUUGUGGUUCGUCGGGGGAUCCUGCAGGAGCUGAGGCAAGCGGCAAGCAAACCACUGGGUGUCGGGUCUAACAUAUCACAAGCACGGCCGUAAGGACUGGGAGUGAAAAACACAACUUCUUGUUCAAGCAGGAAUCUAUUAGAUAUAGAGAGCACCUUUUCUGCAGUACCUGGGUUCUGCGCUGUGAAGUUAACUGUCCCUUGAAGCUUUCAGUAUUCCACUCUGCUAGGCGUGAGUUUAAUGUGUAAGGGGAAAUUUUCCAACUGUUUAAACCAUGUAAAGCAACGAUGUCAAAACAGUUUUGAUUUGCUUCUUAAAACAAAGUUGCUUUAGUAGUUGCCAGAAAAAGUUGCAUAAAUAUUAUUUUGUAUGGAUUUGUAUACAGAAAAUAAAACAUAACAGCUGUCGCCAUAACCUACAUUUUCAGUAUGUGUUUUGCAAUAUAUGUCCACGCAGUUUAACCAAAGUUUGGUCAGGCAAUUAUAAAAAUAUACCCCGGCCAAUCUUUCUCUUACUGUACAAUACCUAGAUGUAACUGAUGCAUUUGUACAUGGUCUUUUAAAAUGUCUUUUGUAAUGAAAUAACUAACAUAAAUAAAACAAGUUAUUUUUAUUUUU